AUGCAAGCCCAUUUUUAAGAGAAGGAAGCUCUAGCUGACAUCUUUGGUCAUAUAAAAGAUGUAGAUAUACAAAUCUUUGGUGUCAUAUUAGAUAAAUUGAGUAAUGAAAAAGUUUUAGACAUCAUUGGAUAUCUUUCAGAUAACAGAAAUCAAAGCCAAUUAGAAUCAUGUAUCUUACAAAAAGGAGUUGAUAUCACCCAGGCUGAUAAAGAAUAGAAAUUGUCUAUUGUAAGAAAUGAUAUCAAAUAAAUCACAAAAGUUUUAAGAAAAUUAAAAGGUCAUGACUUCAAUAACUAAGACAUUUCCUCUGAAGAAAAUGAAGAAUCUAAACUAAGUUUAAUUUAAAGCAUCAAUGAUAAUAAAUAGAUAUAAGAAUUACUUUAAUUUUUAGUUCACCUCACAUCCAUUGAUGAAGCUUUAAUAUAGGGUGGGUCUAAUUCAUUACAUAUAUUAGUUGCAAUGAAGGUGGACCUUAGAAAGAAAAAUUUUGAAAAUAUUAAGAUUUAAAAUACAUCUAUAGUAGGAGCUAAUUUUUGUAGAUGUUAUUUAAGUGGAUCCUAAUUUAAUAAUGUUGACAUAAGUGGUAUUAAUCUGAAUGGAGCAUAAUUAUUUAAUUGUAAAUGGAAAGAUUUAAGAAUCCAUGAAUUGUAUAAAAUAAAGAGUCAUAGAGAUGAUGUAGCAACAGUUUAUUUUUCUCCUGAUGGAAACACAUUAGCAUCUGGAGGUGGUGGAGAGUAUAGAGAUGAUGAUUGUUCUAUCCGUCUAUGGGAUGUCAAAACAGGAUAAUUAAAAGCCAAAUUAGAUGGUCAUGAUUAGUAAGUUAAUUCAGUCUGUUUCUCUCCUGAUGGAAAUAUAUUAGCUUCUGGCAGUAUGGAUGAGUCUAUCCGUCUAUGGGAUGUAAAAACAAGAAAAUUGAAAGUCAAAUUAGAUGGUCAUAGUAAUUCUGUCUACUCAAUAUGUUUCUCUCCUGAUGGAAAUACAUUGGUUUCUGGUAGUCGUGAUAACUCUAUCCGUUUAUGGGAUGUCAAAACAGGAUAAUAAAAAGCCAAAUUAUAUGGUCAUACUAGUACUGUCUACUCAGUCUGCUUCUCUCCUGAUGGAAAUACAUUAGCAUCUGGUAGUGAUGAUAACUCUAUCCGUCUAUGGGAUUUCAAAAAAGGAUUAUAAAAAGCCAAAUUAGAUGGUCAUAGUAAUUUAGUUAUGUCAGUCUGUUUCUCUCCUGAUGGAAAUAAAUUAGCUUCUGGUAGUUAUGAUAAGUCUAUCCGUCUAUGGGAUGUAAAAACAGGAUAAUAAAAAGCCAAAUUAGAUGGUCAUACUAGUUAUGUCCGGUCAAUCUGUUUCUCUCAUGAUGGAAAUACAUUAGCCUCUGGUAGUAGGGAUAACUCUAUCCGUCUAUGGGAUGUCAAAACAGGAUAAUAAAAAGCCAAAUUAGAUGGUCAUAC